AUGCCGCCAGGCACUGCGUCGGAAACAGGUGCCCCUCCAUCUGUGCCAUUGAGCUUCUCAAAUAACUUCUGGGGACGAGAUGACGCUGGCGUCGACCCCCUCCUAACCCGCAUGCAAAAUGCCAAAACCACGUCCGAUGAAUUGAAAGCCUUUUACAAUGCAAGAGCAGCGUUGGAGGAGGACUACGCCAAAAAACUUCUGAGCUUAUCGCGAAAACCGCUGGGAAGUGUUGAACAGGGAACCUUGCGGGCCAGCUUGGAUGUCGCGAGAGGAGAGACAGAGUCAAUGGGCAAACAGCAUGCCCUGAUCGCCCAGCAAAUGAGAUCCGAGCUCGAGGAGCCACUGGCAGCGUUUGCAGGCGGAAUCAAAGAGCGUCGCAAAAUCAUCCAGACCGGAAUCGAGAGGCUGCACAAGACGAAACAAGCACAGACCGCUCACGUCAACAAAUGUCGGGACAAGUAUGAGCAGGACUGUUUGCGGGUCAAGGGAUAUCUGGCUCAGGGCCACAUGGUCAUGGGCCAAGAAGAGCGGAAGAACAAGGCGAAGCUCGAGAAGACACAGAUCAACAUGGCCACCAACUCGAACGAAUACGAGGCUGCUAUCAAAGUUUUGGAGGAGACGACCGGUCGGUGGAACAAAGAGUGGAAAGCCGCCUGCGACAAGUUCCAAGAUCUCGAAGAAGAACGCCUCGACUUCACAAAGUCGUCUCUAUGGGCGUUCGCCAACAUUGCCUCGACGGUGUGUGUCUCAGAUGACGCGUCCUGCGAAAAGAUCAGACUUGCUCUGGAGAAUUGUGAAGUCGAGAAGGACAUUGCCAGCUUCAUAAAGACCUGCGGAACAGGUCAAGAGAUUCCGGAUCCUCCUCGAUACAUCAACUUUUGUCGAGGCGAUGUGGACACGGCAUCUGAGGUUUCGGAGGACGAGAAUUACUCUGUUGCCCAGUUUUCACGAACCACCAAUCCGGCCUUUAGAUCAUCAUCCCCGACUCAUUCAAGCUCUACAAAGGCCAGAAACAGCCAGACUCCGGAGCGGCGAUACUCAGAAGAGCCGACGAGACCAGACGAGGAUGAUAUGCCGACGCCGUCCAUUGGAAACAGUGGACGUCCUCCGCCGUUGAAUUACAAGCAUCCAGGACCAAAUGUCCCUCCGAACUACUCACCGAGCCAGCAUGGCGAAGUCCCGCAAGUGCCACAUAAUCAAUAUCCGACUGAGGGCAUGACCAUGUUCUGCAGAAGCGACGCACCCUCGGUUGCUGGGUCUGCUCUAUCCUCGAACACUCGACCAGAUAGCAGAGAUGACCAGAGCGACUAUUCUGCACCAAGCUCUUUCACCAGUGCCGAACUUAGCUCUGGCGCAGCUUCACCCACAAAGGGUCCACCUGUUAAUGGCGUUGAACUGCCUGGAAUGGCGUCACCCGACAAGCCCCUCCAGAAGAAGAGGUCUGGUUUCUUCUCGAACAGUCCGUUCCGCAGAAAGUCUAGGAAAGAGCACGAACCCCAGACCGCCAGCGAUAGCACGAGCCGCAACACCUGGAACGGAGCCCCGGUCAGCAGCGCUCGCAUAAAUCUGAAUCCCACGGUUGCCGAUGCGCAGCCAAGUCCUACCAAGUCUCCAACCCGUCAAGCACCUAGCUACUUCAACAGAAAUGCAGCUAACUUGGCUCCCGAAGGCGAAGAGGCCGCUGAUCCUCGAGCGAGCUUCCAAUUGAGUGUAGGCAACAAUGUCUUCGACGUGGCUAGCCCGGACGGCGCUCAAGAUUCAACUCCCAAGGCAAGUACCGCAAAUCGGCGCAGCCAAUUUAGGCCACACCCUACCACGACCGGCAAUGAGUUGAUGCACGAUCCUAUAGCACAAGCACUUGCAGAUCUCAAACUAACCGCCGGUGGCUCCACGGCAAUGGCUAAACAAUCAAGUACUCGGGUGGCUGUGGAUCGGUAUCAUGGUGUGGCAACCCCUGCCCCUGACCAAGAACCAGCCACUCGACCAGGCAUACUUAGCGCUGAAAGUCAAGCUCGCCUGGCGGCACAGAGAGGAACACCUCCGCCAGCAUAUGAGACCGCCGGACCAACACCCAUUGUGGGCGGGAGAGCGCAAAGUGCUCUUGGUGUUCCCCAACCAGCACAUACCAAGCGCGAAAUGCUGAACCGCACUGAAACAUGGGGCACUAGGGGAGGGGGUAAUCCGAAUCAGCCAUCAAGACCUGGUACGAGCAAUGGGAGGAGAAGUCCUGGGCCGGGCAUGAUGAGAGCAGCGAGCCCACAACCUCAACCUCCAAGCCAGCAUCCUCCUCGUGCCAGAAGCCCGGCUCCUGGCGUCAUCCCCCGUGCUGUUAGUCCUCAACCACAACAAACCCAAAGAUAUCCGCCGCGCUCGAGAAGCCCAGCCCCUGUCAUGGCCCCGAGAGCGGCGAGUCCGAAUCCAGCAAUGAUGGCGGGAGGACGGCCUGGGGCCCAGCAAUACCGCGCGGCCUCGCCCAAUCCUUAUGGAGGAUCACGAGGUUCUGGGCCGGCACCGAGCCAAGUAUCACGACAAAGCACCGGCAUGGAGGUUCAAUUGAGCUCACAGGAUCCCGGACGCUACGACGGGUCCGGUGGCAGCGGGAGAAGUCGCCAGGGAAUGAUGCGGCCCAACUCCAGUUUUGGCGGAGAUCGGUAUCCGCAACAACAACCUCAGCAGCAGCAGUUCCAGCUCCAACCACAGGGUUAUGACAGCCGGCAGAGAGGGGGAAGUGCAAACGGAGGAGGUAUGGAUAUCGAACUUCGGAGAGAGAGGAGCAAGAGUCUGGCAGCGAUACCGUACCGAGCAGGACCUCCGCCCCAAGAGCAACGUCAGCAGCGAAUCUUGCAUUAUGCGAGAGCAAUGUACAGCUACACAGCGGCGAUUCCUGAGGAGUUGUCCUUCUCCAAAGGCGAUAUCCUCGCGGUAUUGCGACUUCAGGACGAUGGCUGGUGGGAGGCCGAGAUCAAGGAGAGCGCGAGGGGAAUGAAAGCAGGCGGCAUUGGGUUGGUGCCUAGUAACUACUUGCAACGGUGCUGA